AUGGAUGCUCCCGGAGGGUUAAUCUCAAGCCUAACUCCACUCACACCUCCCUCUACCACCCACCCCAGUCAAGCCCUGUCGAGCCCCAUCCUGCUCGACGUCUCUCAGUCUAUCCUCUGGCCUCUCACAGGCUCACAGUCUCCCACUGUCCCCAGCGACCCUGCUGCUCACUGUUUCUAG